AUGACAUUUAAGCCAAUCAACCGAGCAACCAAAGGAAAUGUGGAACAAUUUAUUCUACGGCUCCUCUCCCGGGCGAGGCCUGUCACCGACCAGCAGUCGCUCCGCUCAGCCCGGAGCUCUCCUAAUCCCCGAGCUCAAGUAGAUUCCGCUGGCCCGCGGCCUGCACUCUCCGCCGGGCCUACGCCUCCCCGGCCGCCCGGCAGGAGCCCAGUCCCCGUCACCGGAGCCGGCAGGGAGAAGGUACAAAACCACCGCCACCCAGGGCGGCUGCCACCAGAGAGAAGCGAACUCUCGACUCGCCCAGCAGGAAUUUACCUGGGCGAAUCGGCGUCUGAAUCCGAGGGGAGGCCGAGGCCGCUGUGGCGAGAGACUAUAAUCCGGGCCGGGAGGGGGGGUGGCUACGGCUCCUCUUCCGUCUCCUCAGUGCGGGGAACAUGUAGAGCCGGGGGGAGACCAGCCGAGAAGACAAAUCGCUGCUUCUUCCUCCUCCUCCUCCUUCUCCCACAUAGAAACACUCACAAACACCCGACCAGGGGCCCGAGCUACCGGGGGGGCAUCGCCACGGACCCGGGAACCAAUCCUCCUGUCGGCGGGGGCGUCCCUCCCUGCGGCUUGGUGGUGUCGGAACAAAAUGCCGACCGGAAGUGCAGCUGCAGGAAUGACUCCCUCCGCCGGCGCCAAACACUAACAACCACCCCCUCUUCCCCACUCCACUUCCGCCACCGCCGCCGCCGCCGCCGCCGCCGCCGCCGCUCGGGCUCGCGUCUCCGCCUCGCCGCGCAGCACCCGAGCCCGGCCGGGACCAGAAGCCCGGCGGCAGCACCUCGUUUCUACGCCCUGCUGCACUGGGCGGCUGUGGAUGUUGUUCUUAUUGUCGAUCCUGCGGGGCUGCGUCUGCGCUGCGGCUCGGGGCCGGCUCUCACGGGCUUUAUUUUCCAGCAGGCCGACAGCAGCCGGGCCGAGUCCUGCUGUGGUCGUGUGCGUGGGGGAGCUCAGGCCCAGAGGGCCUUCCAGGCCGCGGGCGGCGGCGGGUGAAGGCCGCGCUUGUGUCCCCUGGUCGCUGUCUUUAGCUGUAGGGAGUCAAGCUUUGGGCGGCCACGCAGAGGACGCCGGCGAUUCCACGGCGAUGGUGCAUUUUUUUAAGUGGUGUGCCUGCAGCCGAGAGGAUGGAUGUAUCAAAUACCUUCUCUUUCUCAAAGGCCAGACUUUGUGCCCUCCUGUGGGUUAUUUCUGCGGCUUAAGGAUGCAAUCCUUGAAGGCGAAGAAGACUCCCAGCUGGAUUGAGUUGGAAUCGUGUUUGUGAUGCAUUUGUUUAUGGAAAUAUGUAGUCGCUGCUGGACUUGCUUUUUGUUGGUGGUUCUGAUUCUUCCCUAACUGUCAGGCCAAGGCCUGUAGGCGACGCUGUGCGAGCGAGGAGCGGCUGGCGACGGAGCCGGCUCCGGGCCCGGCGUCCAGGUGUGGGUGGAGCCGAGCGCUGGGAGCGCGGGGGCCGCGGGCUGGCUGGGGCCGGCGGACUUCGGACGUUUUCCUCAGUUGAACACACUGAGGCACUGGACGAGGCUGGAGUACAACCUGUGAUUAUACGUACCCUACCGUACCCGUUGUAGUCUUAUUGUAAAACAAGAAGUAACGUCAUCGUGCCUCAGAUCUCUGUUCUGUUUAUUUGUGUAGAUGAAAAGGGGCUAUUCAGGUAAAAAGUGCAGUAGGUAAGCGGGUUUUAAACAGGACGAAAUUUGUCAUCUCAGCGAAUCCAGUUAAGUUAAUUGUGUUUAUAGAUGUCAACACGCCUAAAGUCGGGGAAGCUUGCCUACACGUUAGCCUUUGCCUCCGAAGUCAAGGAGGGGACUGAGAUCUUCCGCUCCUUUGCCAUAGUCACUGUCGUGGCUUCCCUUCUCGUCCGUGGAUGCCUAACUGCCAAAGCCUUGACCUCCGCCGGGAGGGGCCUGCGCUGUGGGGGGGGGGGGUGUGCCUCUGCUGUUGUCUCUGCGGGGGGUCACUUUCCCAAGCAUCCAGAGGGCUCUCAUCUUCAGGGUUCUGCUCAAAUGUCAUCUCCGGGGCCACGGUUUAAAGGGUAGAUUUCCCUGCCUCCUUUCUGGCUUUAUCCUUCCGAUACUAUGGAUCUUUCUUGCUUGUCUUAUUCUCUUUCCCCAGUAGAUGGUUAAGCUCCAGGAGGACGGGAGGUUUUAUUUUUCUCCGCUGGUAUUAUGUUCAGCGGCUAGAAUGAUGCCACACGAUAGAUGCUUUUGAUACCCUUCCCCCUUAUUUCUGCGCUGUAUCCUGUAAUAAGUACUUACGCUGUAGAGAAGUUUAUGAAAGAUGGUGAAAAGUGGAAACAAUAUUUAGACAGAAAAAUGGAAGCUUAUUACAGAGUUCUGGAAAAAAAGCGAUCGCUUCUACCGCUACAGCACCAGGAGCCCACAAAUGUGAUCAUUAUUUGAUUUUAGGUCUUUGUAAAUAGUCAUGCUAGAGAACUGUGUUUAGGAGAUCCUGUGAUCAUAUCUGUAGUGUGCUAAUUCAAUUUAUUGUGUUUCCUGGGUCUCUCAAACUGCAUUCUUCAUCCUGCCACCUUUUUUGGAAAAUACAUACUAUUUUCACUGAACUGAAGUUUGAGAAUUUGGUUGGCUCGGCCCAAAUCCAGCACUACUGGAAAAGUUCAUUCAGCAAGUCUUUUAUUGGGCAUAAAAUGUUUGCCAGCACAGUGAUUCAAAAGGUGUGUACUUCUGAGGUUAGGAGACCUUAUAUAAAGGAUCACACAUGGCUACUACUUAUGUUUUCAAAUAAAGCAAAAGCUAGAGAUUUAUUUUUAGUUUCUUCAAAAGAAAAGGUUCAGUGAAAGCUGAGGUCAGAUAUUUAAAUAUACCAUUUAGUUUGCUGUUUGUUUAUAGUUACUUACCUGUUGGCACCUGGAAUAGCAAUAUAAUAAUUGAAAAUGAUUUUUUAAAACUAUAAAAUGUGAGAAAUUCUAUUUCAUAGUAGCUAGGAAACCAAGCUUUUUAAAUUGAAAUAAGUCAAUAUACUAGUAACUAGAAGCUAUAUAUAAGUGUCUGGUUAUGCUGUUAGAAAUUUUCAUGUUUCAUUUACUGAUUUUUUUGGAGAAGACAAGACAACCUGGGCAGAUAUUUUACAAGUAUUAAUACAUCAAUUAAACAUUGUUAUAUUCUUCUAAUAGUCUAUUCAUUAUAGGUUUACCCGUUAAUUUUAAAAAUAGCUUUAAGUAAUAUACAAGUAACUCAGAAUCUGUUUUUCAGUUUCAAAAUACAAUUACAGUUUGCUUAUGGAAGCACAAUUACUUUUCUGUAUAUUUUCUUAAAUGUUACUGAUGAACUAAUAAUUUUGCAUGUCUAGGGAACAGUAGUAGAUAAACUUCGUGGUACAAAGUCUUGACAUUAUUUUAACAUUCAAUCUAAAGUUUUAAUUUAAAAUCUUAUUGUUUUUUGUUUCUUCCCUCACACAUUUAAAUAUACUGGUAAGAACUUAUUUGGUGCUAAUCAACCUUAUGCUAGGCCCCUGAUAUAAAAUAAUGAGUGAAAACUGACAUGGUCAUUGCCUUCAAGGGUUUUUUGUGUGUAUUUAUGUGUGAUAUAUGUAUAUGUAAGUAUGGUGUAUAUAUAUAUCACACAUAAAUAUAUAUUAUGUAUAUAUAUAAUAUAUACUUUUUUAUACAAAAUUUUUCUAGAUAUUAGAAUGGAAAAAAUUGUUUCAGUGCCUAUCAGUAUUUCCUGUCAAAUCAACUAGUAUUUUGCUUGCUUAAAUUUAGGUAUCCAAGUUGAGAUCUUAUAAAUAAUAGUGAUUUCUUGAUUUCAUUGUCUUUUUUUCAUUUUUACUUAUUUACUGCUUCCUAAUACCAUCAGUUUGUUUAAUUUUUAUAUUUUUCAGUCUUUUAUGUCCAAAAGCACUUCAUUUUGGGUGGUGUUGUAUUUCACUGUUAUAUCCUUGUCAAUUUUAGUUUGGAAGGUAACCUGAUCUUUAAUCUGAUCUAAUAUUGUCUCCUUGCUUUAAGGAAUAAGUUGUAUGGCUCAGUUUUAUUUGCGGUGAAUAUUCCUGGAUAUUUUCAUAUGUAUUUUUGAUCAAUGAAUUAUAAUUUAAUUUUUAAAAAUUUAAAUGAAUUUUAAGUAUCUGUAUUAAAUGAAUUUAACUAUCUGUAUUAAAUAUCAUUACCAAAAAUUGACACAACUGACAAAUUAUGAAUUAUUAUUUUUACUGAAUAAUAUUCAAGAUAAAUGCAAUUUGAUAUGAAAUGAUAGGGAUAAAAAAAAUUUAGAAAAUUGUGUAUUUUAUGCCUGCCAGUUAUCCUUUGUUAGUGAUAAAAUUAUCUCUAACAGGAAUAAAUUUUAAAAAUUGAGGAAAGGCAAAAGAUUAUGUAUGUUUUGGAGAUUAGACUCCUAAAUUAUUUCAUAUUUAGGAUAAUUAAAUUACUUUCAAGUAAUUUGAUGAAGAGUUUAUUCAGGAUGCAGAUUUUGAGGGCAGACUGUAGAAAUAUCCAAUGACUUAAAUGUUUCAUGUUUUUUUAAAAUUAAGUACCUUAAUCAAUUUGUGGUAGUAUUUGAGACUUAUUUAAUGUGUUUAUCUAUUUGUUUGGAUUAUAUUAAUUUUUCUCCCGUGAAUGUCUUCAGUUCAUCUUAGUCUUCUAUUCUGGCCUGUAUUCUGGUCUUAAAGAAUAAGCUUUGGCUGGGUGGUGUGGCAUAGACCUGUAAUCCCAGUGGCUCCAGAGACUGAGGCAGGAGGAUCACACUUUCGAAGUCAGCCUCAGCAACUUCAGUGAGGCCCUAAGCAACUUAGUGAGACCCUGUCUCAAAAUAAAAAAUAAAAAGGGCUGGGGAUGUGACUCAAUGGUUAAGCACCCCUGGGUUGAACCCCAAGUAAGUACCCCCUCAAAAAAAAGUUUUGUCCUUUCAUUAAUCUUUCUCUAUGGGUUUUAUUAUCUAUCUAUACCUUAUGUUUCUAAAAGUGACCAGUUACAUGUUAUACUCCAUGUUUCACUGAACAAUGCUGUAGGAUAGGGUCCUUAAAAAUGCAUCUCUGAAAUACAAUUUCAACAUAAAGUUAUUUAAACUGCCCUUUUGCAUAGAUUAGUUUGUAGUCAAAAAGUGUCUGCCCUAGACUAGUGUUUUAAACUAUUGGUCAUGAACCAUAAUAUAACAUGAAAGUAAUUUAGUGGGUUGUGACUAGCAUUUUUUAUUUAAAAUACAAAAAAGAAAAGAGUACCUCAAAGAUGGUAAAAGUAUUUUUUAAUAAACAUUUUGUGUGUGUUUGCUGCCUUGUAAAAGGAUUUCUUACACUGGGUUAAAGGCAAAAAAAAAAAAAAAGGAAAUUUUUAUUUUUGUUAAUUUCAGUAGUUCAUGUUUUUUACAGUUUAGUUUCUACACUUCAUGUCUUUCGUUACUCGUCCCCCUUAGAAAAUGGAAAAAGAGGAAUGUUAGAAAUUUCUGAUUGAAAUCAGACAUUUUAGAGGAAGCACUAUGAUAUUUUAGUGAUUUGAUACUGGUUUCAGAAAGAUGAUCUUAAGAUAAAGAGUAGGAAAUAAAAUUAGGUUGUUAAAAUGCCAAAUAUAGUUGGAUUCUAAGGAGGAAUUUUUUUCUAGUGUAUUUACAUUUGGUGUAUUUAGAUUUUUGACUUAUGUAUCUGUUCUAGAUUUUCUAAUCUAACAUUUCUGAUACAGCAAAAUAAUAAAUGUGAGGCAAAAGAUAUUUUUAUUUCAUCCCAGCUUUCCUUCAAAUUUAAAACAAGUGUUUAUUAAUCACAGAGCAAAGCAAAUUGCCAUCUUGGAAUGAAAAAAAAAUCUUACCAAAAAGAAUGAAAGAAGGACUUUGUUAUAUUGAAAUGUUCUGAUAAAGUUUAAACAUUACUAUCACCUUUUUUUUUUUGCUAUGUGUAGAUUUCAGUAUUGUGCAUUUUAUUUAAAAGCAUUAAUAAGAAUUUUGUUUUUUGGACAUGAUGCCAGGUCCCUUUAAGUGAUAAGUCCUAGGAUGGUUAAAACCUUAGCUAGAUAAAAAUUACUAGAGAGUUAGCGAAAGAACUUCUAAUUCAAUUAUUGAGCCAAAUUUUCACCCAUGCAAUACAUGACCUAUUAAACUUUGAAACAAAUAUAUUACUGACCAGCAGGGGGAGUCAAAUCAGUCUUUAAAAGUGGGAGUAGAAAGGAAAGGAAGACCACAUGACUUCCUGUUUUGAAUUAACUGUUGUAGCAGCUGUUUUCUUUGAGUUUAGUCUAACAAAAAGCAAGGAAGGAGAGAAAGCCUACCAAUGUAUCAAAUGUGGGUGGGGUGACAAUUCUAAGCAAGGAGAGACUGGCUGUCAAUAUAUCAUAUGUGGAUAAAGUGGUAAUUUUAAAUGUCAAAAUUACCUGUAGAAAGCAAAUUGAAAAAAAAUAUACUUGUGUUCAAAUUAAGGACAGACCAUAGAAGAAUCUUUGGCAUGAAAGAAAGUUCUUUUAAAACCAGAUGAUGAAAACUGAACAAGUAAAAUACGCAAACAUUAAGGUACUGAUUUUCUUCCUAUGGAUGGUGAAAUGUGAAUUAGAACAAAACAAAAGCUCCUCAAUCAUUAAGCAAAGAAACUCAAAUAGAAAUUUAAAACUGGGAACGUGUCAGUAUAAUAAUCUAAGAUAGAAAAACAGAAAACAAUGACAGUCAUGAUGAACUGCAACCCAGAUGUAACGGUGAACAUUCUUAGUAAUUCUAUAUUUAUUUAAAGCUGAAAUUGGAUUCUUGAAAGGCUUGUUUAAAAAUAAAGUAUGUACAAAUAAAUAGAUUGAACUUAUGUUAGAGUUAUAUGCACUUAAUCUAAGAAACAUGGGAUAUGUUUUGGUAGAAAAGUGUUACAGUGAAGUAAAAUAAUGAUGUUUCACUAUAAAAUAGAGAAUAGAAUUGUUUCCACUACCCUUUAUAACCAUUGCAAAGAAUGUAACACCUUUUUUUAUGAAAAAUAUUUACAGGAAUACAGUAGCUAACUUCACUGUUAGUUUAUUUAUUAUCUUCUAGGAGCCUCAGAAUGCCUCAGAGAAUGGAUUAAAUGAAUAGAGAUGAUCUCUCUAUUAUUAUUUGAAGUUUCUAAAAAACCUGGGUGUUCGAUAACAUUUGUCAAAAUAAAAUUAAAGACCCAAGCAUUUUUUAGUUAAAUUAAUAAACAGAAUUAUAGUAGCCUAGUCCUUAGUCAUUACAAGGUUUAUGGAAACACUGUCCAAAUCAGGACAAAGGAUCCAGGCAAGCUUUAGCCAUAUAUAUAUAUAUAUAUAUGUAGGUAUGUAUGUAUGUAUUUUUUUAACUUAUGUUUAUUCAUUCCAAAAAUCUAUUUCUUGAGUACUUAAUGUUUUCAUAAGACAUGAAGCAUAUCUUCAUUAUGAACUAGACAAAAUUAAGUCUUUUUGAAAGAUUUAAUUUCAUUGAUAUGUGACCAGUCAUACAAAUUCAAUAUGCAAUCACUAACUCUAAGUAAAUGGUACUUAGAAGCAAAUCAUUAAGUAGUGUACUAGAAGGUAUACAGUAAACCUCUGGCAGGUCAGUUCUUUUAUAAUGCUAUGUUAUAAUGUACUGAUGUUAUUUUACAUAUUGGCAUCUGGUGUCAAGUCAGUUCUAAUCAUGGCAGUGAUAUCUAAAACAAAUUCAUCUCAUAUCGGUCCUAAAGUAAUUUUAAUGCCCAAAACGCAAAUAAACAAGUAUUCCUACUUCUA